AUGGCAUGCGUGCUCCUCUUCUGUCGACUUUUCCCCUUCUCACAUCGGCUCACGGGGACGUCCAUUUGCCUGCUCUCUCUGUUUCUCUCCUAUUUGUGCUACUGUGCGAUAUUCCCCAGCGGAACCGUCAUGCAGAAGCCCGGUGAUGUGGCCACCAGCUGUCAGCGAGCCGACGGACCCAAGCGGCGUCUCCAGAAGUCCAUCUCCUGUCUUUUACCAGCAGACGCCAACCCGAGCAGGGUGGACAGAGCACCGCGGCACAAAUCCAACCAAAGGCGUCCUUCAACCCCUCAGGUCGUCAGGAAUGACACGCCCAGUCCUCCCAUGAGUCAUUUAAAGUUUGGUCAUAAAAAGUUACCGAAGGCGAUCAUAGUCGGUGUGAAGAAAGGAGGAACGAGAGCUGUUCUGGAGUUCAUAAGAAUUCAUCCGGAUGUGCGAGCGGCUGGAACCGAAACGCACUUCUUUGACAGGAAUUACGAUCGAGGCCUUGAGUGGUACAGAAGUUUAAUGCCAAGGACCCUUGAAAGCCAAAUCACGAUGGAGAAGACACCGAGCUACUUUGUGACCAAAGAGACUCCCCGCCGGAUCUCUGCUAUGUCCCAAGAUACCAAGCUCAUCGUGGUGGUGCGUGACCCCGUCACCCGAGCGAUAUCAGAUUACACUCAGACUUUAUCCAAAACCCCCGACCUGCCGAGCUUUCAGGAGCUGGCCUUCAGAAACCAGAGCCUGGGCAUGGUGGACAUGUCCUGGAACGCCAUUCGGAUCGGCCUGUACGCCUUGCACCUGGAAAACUGGCUUCGCUACUUCCCUUUGACUCAGAUCCACUUUGUGAGCGGCGAGCGGCUCAUCACAGACCCGGCUGGUGAGUUGGCCCGGGUGCAGGACUUCCUUGGGUUAAAGCGCAUCGUCACCGACAAACACUUUUAUUUCAACCGCACCAAGGGCUUCCCUUGCCUUAAGAAGCCGGAGAGCAGCGGCUCUCCCCGCUGCCUGGGCAAGUCAAAAGGCAGAACUCACGUACAGAUAGACAGAGAUGCAAUUGAGCAACUGCGAGACUUUUAUAGACCUUAUAAUGUCAAAUUCUAUGAAAUGGUGGGGCAUGAUUUUAAGUGGGAAUAG